AUGGCAGAAGAGAGCAGCGCAACUGCGCCGUCUUCGCUACCGCCCGCGUCAUCAGGGCUCCCGCCUAAUCGUGCACGCGCACGCGGCAUAUACCAGGCAGGUACAGCUGUCGCGCGUGCAGACGAGCCAGAAGCAUGGGAACUGGAUACUUCGACGCACGAGCCCGUGACAAUGGUCCAAGCAGGCUUUGAUCCUCUCACGUCUGGUGAAAAAUCAUGGAUGCUCGCCUCGGCGGCUGUGACACUGAUUAUCGUGGCCAUCGGGCUCUACAUAAGCUUGGCUUGA